UUACGACGUAUGUAACUUUGUAAGUAAUAUCUCCAUAAACGGCACGCUUAAAAAUAUGUACUCGGUAAAUCAACCGUAUGAUCAUCUUGUUCGGAUAUAGGUAUCAUAAACCUAAUAUUCAAACAAGUUAAAUGUCCCCAAAUAAAAACAGAUAACUUUAAUACGCGUCAGUGCACGGCCUAGGUCCCAUCUAUUUUACUACGUCGUAGUUUGUUUACAUUUUCACACUUGAGUGAAUAGUUCAAUAUUUCCUGGUGUUUCAUAUAAUGUCAACACAAAGUAGCAGUAAUGCGGACAUUGACAGCAGAGAAUUAAUAUUCCAGCCUAUGAUGAUGUAUUCCAAUGAACAUAAUGCUCCAGCCACUGUUGUUAAACCACAGACUACAAACAAGUUCGUUUACGUUUUAACUUUCUUCUCUGCAAUUGGUGGGUUCCUGUUCGGGUAUGACACAGGUGUGGUUAGCGGUGCUAUGAUCAUAUUGAAGCAGAAGUUUGCACUCAAUAACUUAUGGCAGGAGUUAAUUGUUGCAAUCACCGUUGGGUUUGCUGCUUUGUUCGCUUUCAUGGGAGGUCCGUUGAAUACUUGGCUGGGCAGAAGGAAAGUCAUCAUGUUCGCUAGCGUGGUGUUUACUGUGGGGUCGAUUGUGUUGGCGUUGGCAAGUGGAAAAGAGAUGUUGUUAUGUGGGAGGGCUGUGGUUGGGGUGGGGAUUGGCCUAGCUUCCAUGACGGUCCCAAUGUACAUUGCCGAGGUCUCACCAUCCAAUGUACGCGGAAGGUUGGUUUCGAUCAACAACUUGUUCAUCACUGGUGGCCAGUUUGUAGCGAGCUGUGUGGAUGGGGCCUUCAGUUCCGAUGUUGAAGAUGGAUGGAGAUACAUGCUUGGGUUAGCAGCCAUACCCGCCACUAUACAAUUCAUUGGGUUCAUCUUCCUACCUGAGAGCCCACGGUGGUUGAUACAAAAACAUAAGGAAGAUUUAGCCAUCAGAAGUUUGCAGAAGAUAAUAUCAGAUGAGAGCGACAUAAGAAGGGAGUUUGAAAAGAUUAAAACUUCGAUGUUAGAAGAACAAACACAAGGUAAGGUCACAUUAACGAGGUUAUUCAGCGAUAUUAGCGUACGACGUGCUAUUAUGGUGGGAUGUGCUUUGCAAUUGUUCCAACAGAUAUCAGGAAUCAAUACAGUUAUGUAUUAUUCGGCCACAAUAAUCCAAAUGUCCGGUGUCCGCAACAAUACACUCGCUAUAUGGCUCGCUGCCGUCACAGCAUUCGUCAACUUUUGCUUCACAAUCGUUGGCGUUUGGUUGGUGGAGAAAGUGGGCAGGAGGUUGUUAACCCUUGUGAGUUUAGGAGGUGUUGUUGUGUCACUGUUGUUUCUUUCAACCGGAUUUUUCCUAUCUGCUCUCCACUCCCCCCCAGUGACCAUGAAUUCCACAGACAUCUUAAACGACACAUCGGGCUGUUUUAAAUUUAAAUCAUGCGUUGGCUGCAUGCAAUCUACUGCAUGUGGAUAUUGUUAUACACAGUAUGGGCAACCAUGGAAUGUAACGCAGGCCACUUGUUUACCAACUAAUCCAGACAAUACUCAGUUAUCAUUGUUGGGUAACUGUUCCACCAAACAUGAAGGCUCCCCAUACUUUGCAUCUAACUACUGCCCUACUAAAUACUCAUGGAUGGCGUUGGCAGGCAUGAUUCUGUAUCUUGCCUUCUUUGCUCCAGGUAUGGGUCCAAUGCCAUGGACAAUCAACUCUGAGAUAUACCCACAAUGGGCACGUAGUGCUGGUAAUGCAUUCAGUGCAGGGACUAACUGGGUGUUUAAUGUUGUUGUGUCGCUGACAUUCCUGGAUGUGACGACUGCUCUUACUUAUCAAGGAGCUUUCUUAUUAUAUGCUGGAUUUGCGUUCUGCGGAUUUAUUUUCAUUUUCCUCUUUCUUCCCGAAACGAAGGGAAAACCACUGGAAGAAGUUCAAGAACUCUUCCAAGCAGGGUGGCUUGUGCCGUGUAGGAAUGGCUAAUCAAUGAAUACCGAGUGAUUUUAAAUCAGCAAUCUGACCAAGAAGAAUCAAAUGAAAAUACUCUUUUUAUCAAAUAACCUUUUACCUAGCAUAGGCGAUGUGCAAUAUAUUAUAUGUAUGCAAUAUAUAUAUAUAGGUGUCUUUGGUGAUAAUAGAGUAGGGUGGGGGGAGAUGAGACACCUUUUCAUUCUAUUUUCUCGUCCCUUAUGGUAGUAAACAAAGAACAUUCAAAGAAUUAUAAAACCGUACCCUCACGACUUCCAUAUACCGUUGUUAAUUGUUAAAACACGAUCAGGAUAUUUAAAUAUUAUGUGCAAAGGUGUCCCGUAUUCCCCCACCCUACCACAUAUAUAACGCUUUUGUACAAUCUAGACAGUGUUUGUUACUUACAGCGUACUAACUUUUUCAGUUUUGCUAUGUACUAUGAUUGAAACAACUUUGUUUAUACUUCUUUGAUUAUUCAAUUUAGUUGGGAAAAUAUUUAGAAAUUUGGCUAAAAAGAGAAAUGUAAAGGGUAAAUAAGUACGAGGUCCUACAGCGUGGCAUAUCAUGGGGCCAGAGUUGGCCCAUUACCCCAACACCCAGGCUGCUCCAACCCAUUAGUGACCACAGGGUUGGAGCAAUGUCCGUUGUGGUACAGCAGACGAAAUGUUGGUUGGUAAAACAAUCUAAAUAAAAUCGAUGUUAUUUUUUUAACCAAUUCUUUAAGAAAAUUGUAAACUUGUCUUUUUAAAAUAUCUCGUAUUUUUGAUGCCUUGUCCUUUUACAGUUUAACAAUUUCACUGAAUAUUAUGUCUUGAUAUUUCUAAAACUACUACUAUCUUUAUGAAAACAGUUUACGCUUGCUGGA